ACUAGUUUCAUACUAGCCUACGUAGUUGAUAUCACCUAGAGAACGCAGUGACACGGACAGGCAAUUCUUCUCAUUCGACCAGCUAUAAUAAAUCCUCAUGGAAAAGGUAGAGAUGUUACGAGUAAUCUGAGAUGGUCUUUAGAAGAAUGGCUUUCCCAGCCGAUGAGUACUGGCUGAGGAUGAUGAAGACGAAGAAGAUACAGGGGUCACCGCAGCAGUGUCAGGGGCUGCAGGGACCUCUGUGAUUGCUGACCCCACCUCAUCUCUGACCUCCCCAGCUCUGUAUUGGCUGACCAUGGCCACUCAGAGGACACCCCUGGUCAAAGACUUUAACUACUUCAUUACCUGCUACCUGUGCAGAGGUUACCUGAUCAAACCCACUACGGUCACUGAGUGCCUGCACACAUUUUGUAAGAGCUGUAUCAUCCAGCACUUUGAAGACAGUAAUGACUGUCCCAAAUGUGGCAUUCAAGUCCAUGAAACCAACCCUCUAGAGAUGCUAAGGUUGGACAAUACUCUUGAGGAAAUCAUUUUCAAGCUUGUACCUGGAUUACGAGACAAAGAGGAACAGCAGGAGAAUGAUUUCUGGAGGAAGAAUAAAUCCAAAGAAAAUGGACAAGGAGACGGCCUUGGGUCUAAGAGGCUUGGGCUCAGUGAUGAUGAGGAUGGUGAUGAAGAUGGUCAGGAUUAUCACAGGAGCGACCCCCAGAUAGCCAUCUGCCUGGACUGUCUCCACAACAAUGGACAUGCUGCAGACGACACAGUGAAGUGUUUAAUGAAGAAGUUCAUUCGCUGCUCUAGUCGAGUCACGGUGGGAACCAUCAAGAAGUUUCUCAGUCUAAAGUUAAAGCUGUCAAGCUCUUGUGAGCUGGAUGUGCUGUGUAACGGGGAGAUUAUGGGUAAGGACCACACUCUGGAGUUCAUCUACAUGACCCGCUGGAGGCUGCACGGUGACAACACAUAUCCCAUGGUCCUGGAGUACAGGCCACGAAUAGACUUUGGCUGAACAAAGCCCUUGAGAAGCCUUCAUCGACAAAUAAAAGCAAUGACUGGAUGUGCAUCAAACUGAGGCCAGGGACUCAUCCUUCCCAACAUUUUUGAACUUUUGUUUAAUUUUGUUGUGUCCUUCAUUGUUGAACAUUCCGUGCUCUUGGCCAAAGUGAUCUUCAAGACAAGUAACUAGCGAGACAAGCUUAGCUGAAACAGAUGUAUGAAUGUAUCCAAAUGGUAUUUAUUAGCCAGGUACUCGGGUAUCCUGGUAACCCAGCCAAUGACAAGGAUUGACCUGCAUCUACAUGAUGAAUACAAGUUGGUGUGGACAGAAAAUUAAAUGGAAAGAAGAAUAGGUAGGAAUCAAGCAACUCCAAGGCCUUCCAACAGAUGCCUGACUGUUUCAACAAGAAAAGUAACAUUUUUUUUAAAUUUAAGCCAUUUUCUUCUCUUUAUAAAAUGCACAUAACAUAUCCACAGAUUUGCCCACAAUCAAUCAAUUGACCGAGCACCUUAAUGUUGCCAAAAGGUUUCAGAGUCUAAACCGAAGCUCAUUCUUCUUCAUUCUGUCCCAUGCUCAGUUAUUAUAACCAGUCUGACAUGUUGCUGAAAUCAACAAGCACUCUCUGGCAGAGGCUCGGGAGCCUGCGUGAUGGGAAGAGAAACGUUAAGCCUCUUUUUAACAAACACACACACUCACUCAACCCAAACUGCAGUGUGAUUACCCUGGCUCCUGCCAAUCUCAGACCUGCACUAAUAGCUUUUUUGGCACCGGUCAGAGUGACCAGGUAUUACAUUUUAGUUUUUCAGAUUAAUCUUAGUAUCUCUCUAGCCGAAAAAGAUACCAUCUUACAUGUUUUGAAGGGAAACCAGUGGUGUGUACAUUUCAUAUUGUUACUAGACCUUUGAUCUAUAAAUGUGUUUUUUGAAGUACAUGACAUUACAACACGGUAGUACGAGAUAUGAAUUAUGCCAAUUAUGGAUCUUUGAUCACAGAAUAGUAUUGGGCACUGUAAGAACUGGUUGGCAUAAGGCUUAUUGUAUUAGCGUUGAGGUGUAGUGUACUGAAGCUGACUCUUUCACAGUGAUUCAGUAUAGAGAGUAUACAGUGUCUGCUUCAUUACCUAGUCAUCUCAAGUUUAGCCUUUUAAACUGUAAUCUAUGUUGAUGUGGUUUAUAUGUGAAAACCAUUGAGGUGUGUUCCUUGCAGUGAAGCCAACCUGUCCUUGUGCUGACAAGGAAAAUGUGUAUUUUUUUUACAUUUUUUUGAAGACAGAAAAGGAAACAUGUACAUAUUCUUAUGGUUAAAGUUUUAUGCUGCUUAGAGUAAUAUAUUAUAUUUUUAAAUGUACCCAUGCCUGAGAAUCAUUCUUGAGAUAUUAGAGCUGUAGAAAUAUUGUUCAUAUCUGUACUUGAUUUAUAAUAAUUAUUCAUUAAUAAAUUAAAUGUUUUUAUUUUACCAACUGUC